CACACUCGGAUUAGUUGAAUAUUCAAUAACUCACUCGCUAACCCCUAUCAUAUGAUUUGGACAAGCGGAAACCGCUGUUUACAACCAUUCAAGUACCAACCCACCUUCGUCAUCUCCGGGGUGCACCGAACAGUCCCGCACUUGAUCCUCUCUCCUCAUACUCUUCAUUUUCCCAUUUUACCCCUCCCAGAUUCUCCUGCCUCACGAGUCACGAGUCUCACGAGUCACGACCCUGCACACUUACAUCUCUCCACUUUCGGAAUGCGGGUCCACUUCUCUCUCCUCAAUAGCAAGGUAGCAACAAUGGAGUUUAUUGUAGCUUAACUGUACUCUACAGAGCAUUCUGAAGAUAUAGCGAGAUAAAUUAAGAUCGGAAGAGCUAGUUUCACUGCUCACUGUGGUUGAAGAGGUGGCGAUGGCGGCAGAUUCGCCGAAGAAGAGAGAUAAUACAGCGGUGAAUACUGCCGACGAAGGUGAAGUUCCGGUUGUUAUGGACCUUAUUGUUGGAGGAAGUGGUUUUGAUCAUUCUGGAAGUAACAGUAGCAACAAUAAUGGCAAUUCCUCUGCUGGUAAGAGUUUUUCUAGAGUGAACACUUUACCAACGGAGAAGAUAAAUGGUGGUAAACUAGAGCAUGAUUUGAACCCUCCUAAGUUGGAGAGAUCAAAAACUGAGAGGCAACAAAAUAAAAAUAUACUCGCUUCAGAAGCGGCACAAAUAUUUGAUAACAACAUUUCUGUCCAGCAAAAGCUUAAAUUGUUGAACAGGAUCGCUACAGUAAAAGAUGACGGGACUGUGGAGUUUGAAGUUCCAGGAGAUGUCGAACCUCACACUUUCGGUGGUGGACCAGCUAAUCUGUAUACUGAAUGUGGUGAUGAAGAAGAAUGCCUUGAUGCGACAGACCUUCAGUACAUUCCACCACUUCAAAUAGUGAUGCUUAUAGUUGGUACCCGAGGAGAUGUGCAACCUUUCGUUGCGAUUGGGAAGAAGUUGCAGGAUUAUGGCCACCGUGUUAGAUUAGCAACUCAUGCUAAUUUCAAGGAGUUCGUUUUGACUUCUGGGCUGGAGUUUUUCCCUUUAGGCGGUGAUCCAAAGGUUCUGGCGGGGUACAUGGUAAAAAAUAAAGGCUUUUUGCCUUCUGGGCCUUCAGAGAUACCUGUUCAGCGCAAUCAGAUGAAAGAAAUUAUUUACUCUUUACUCCCAGCUUGUAAAGAUCCUGACAUGGAUUCCAAUGUUCCAUUCAAAGCGGAUGCUAUCAUAGCCAAUCCCCCAGCAUAUGGGCAUACGCAUGUGGCUGAGGCACUAAAAAUACCGAUUCACAUAUUUUUCACUAUGCCCUGGACGCCAACUAGUGAAUUUCCACAUCCCUUAUCACGUGUCAAGCAAUCUGCUGGAUAUAGACUAUCUUAUCAAAUUGUUGACUCUAUGAUCUGGCUGGGAAUAAGAGACAUGAUAAAUGAUCUCAGAAAGAAGAAGCUGAAGUUGCGUCCUGUAACAUACUUGAGUGGCUCACAAGGUUCAGAGACUGAUAUUCCACACGGAUAUAUAUGGAGUCCUCAUCUUGUUCCUAAGCCUAAAGAUUGGGGACCCAAAGUUGAUGUUGUUGGAUUUUGCUUUCUUGACCUUGCUUCAAACUAUGAACCUCCUCAGGCCCUUGUAGAUUGGCUUAAUGCUGGUCCAAAGCCUAUUUAUGUUGGUUUUGGCAGCCUUCCUGUUCAAGAGCCACAGAAAAUGACUGAAAUAAUUGUUGAAGCACUAGAGAUUACUAAACAGAGGGGCAUCAUCAACAAAGGCUGGGGUGGUCUGGGUGAUUUGGCUGAACCUAAGGAAUCUAUAUACUUACUGGAUAAUUGUCCUCAUGAUUGGCUGUUUCCACAUUGUGCUGCUGUGGUGCAUCACGGUGGUGCCGGUACCACAGCUGCAGGCCUCAAAGCUGCGUGUCCCACGUCUAUUAUACCAUUUUUUGGGGACCAACCUUUUUGGGGUGAACGUGUGCAUGAUAGAGGCGUAGGUCCUCCACCAAUUUCAAUUGACGAGUUCUCACUUGACAAGUUGGUUGAGGCCAUAAAAUUUAUGCUGGAUCCACAGGUGAAAGAGAGGGCAAUUGAGCUUGCGAAGGCUAUGGAAAAUGAAGAUGGGGUAACAGGAGCAGUGAAGGCCUUUUUCAAGCAACUUCCUCGCAAAAAGGCUGACCCUGAUUCAACAUCCGAGACCUCUAGUUCAUUCUCAAUAAGCCGAUGCUUUGGUUGCGCUUGAGUCUCAGGUGACUUUCUUUUGUUUGUAUCCCAAUUGUCUAUGUAUGAAUAUUUUCCGAUACAAUCUCUCAGAUGGAAGAGAGAAGAGCUUGUGCUAUGAGUUUGUUGAUAGUGUGUAUUUAUAAGGCUUAGUAAAUUAAGUGUUGAUGCUAUCUGUAUCUUUUAUUUCAUUCAUUGUAGUUCAAGUUUCAUUAAUUCAUUAUAUGUCUUUCAUAUGGAAAUCAUAUAUGGGUUUUCCCCCUUUAUACAAGUGUGGUGUUCUGAUCUCAA